GCCGCCGCUCUGUACAACGUGCGAUUAUUCAGUGUAGCGCGAGCGGAGAACGUUGCGUCAAGUAGUCGAGCGUCCCGAGCGCCCCGCUCGCCAGUAUUCGUUCAAAUUCAAAUCGUUCAGUCAGUCCGCAACGCGUCGUGUCAGAGAUUGGACGUACACGUUAUCUCAAACUAAAGUGCCGUUUGUUUAUUUGUUAUUUUUCUUAGCACUCUGCGUUCCUAGUAAAUUUUACGCGCGUGUUACUGAACCUACAGUUUCGUUUUAACGUUUCCAAAUAAGACUGAGUAAUCAAGAUUCAUGGACUGUGAUCGUGUUUUGGACCGUUUGGAUCUUCAAUAAAACGGUAAAAGACAACGUGAGAGACGGGUCGAAAUGAGCGGAUUGACCAUCAGAGUUAAAAGAGGAUCGAGGGGCAGUGCAACUCUUCUGGAAGCAGCUAAUAGAAUUCUGCGAUUACUAGGCGUGAGCUCCACGAAGCGCGGGAAACAGCCCUCACCCAAAUCUAAGACGACCGGCCGAGCCACGAGUGAGGUACGCGCUCCCAUUGCGGCAGCUGAGACUGUCGUAGAGUCGCCGGUGAAGAUGGCAGCAUCGCCGGCUCCUGCUGCGCCUGCGACGGGACCUGCGGCCACGCCUACUCCCAGCCAGUCAGCAAAACCUACGAAACGUUCUGCCAAGGACUACAUAUUUGGCAAACUUAUCGGAGAAGGCUGUUACAGUACCGUGUUUCUAGCAAAGGAUAUUCACACCGGGAAAGAAUAUGCAAUUAAAGUCUGUGAAAAACUUCAUAUCAUUCGAACAAAGAAGAGUGAAUAUAUAAAGCGUGAGAAAGACGCUCUUAAUAUGCUGUUCAAUGUUCCACAUGGUUUUGUGAAAUUGUAUUGUACGUUCCAAGAUGAGGAAAGAUUGUAUUUUGUAUUGUCGUACGCAAAGAACGGCGAACUGUUGCCUUAUAUUAAUAAAGUUGGCUCUUUCGAGCUGAACGUAGCUAAAUUUUAUGCAGCUGAACUGUUGUUGGCAUUAGAAAAGAUGCACGCCAAAGGCAUCAUCCACCGUGAUUUAAAACCGGAAAAUAUUUUAUUGGACGAAAAUAUGCAUUUGCAAAUUGCUGAUUUUGGAACUGCCAAAAUUAUGGACCCCGAGGAGAUCCGAUCAUCACCAAUAAAGACACAGGAAGAGCAAGACGAAUCAAAUAACGAUCGUUCUAGGAAAGUGAGCUUUGUCGGCACGGCGCAGUAUGUGAGCCCUGAGCUUUUGCACAACCACGUGGACACUCGCGCUUCCGACCUUUGGGCGCUGGGCUGCAUUAUAUACCAAAUGAUAUCCGGUUUGCCUCCUUUCCGGGCGCCUGGAGAAUUCCUCACUUUCCAAAAAAUUUUCAAAAUGGAAUAUGAAUUCCCUGAAGGAUUCCCGGCAGUUGCUAAAGACUUGGUAGAAAAGCUUUUAGUUUUGGAUCAUUCAAAGAGGCUAGGAGCACAGGACAAAGGAGACACGUAUGAGAGCAUUCGUAACCAUGCAUUCUUCGAGGGUAUCGACUGGGAAAAUAUCUGGGACCAGACUCCUCCAAAAAUCAGCCCGUACUUGCCUGGCGGAUCUUUCGAGGAAGAGUACACUGUACCUGAUCAUCUCGAGCCUGGCUUGGGGAACAAUCAACUCGUUCGUCUGUGGGAAUUCGAUCUCUCUACACCAAAAGGAAUUUUAGACAUUAGUCCUGAAGAAAAGCGGCGACGGCUUGAAGUGCAAGCUCGUGAAAACAAGUGGCAUCAAUUUGUGGAUGGAGAAUUAAUACUGAAGCAGGGACAGGUGGACAAGAGGAAGGGACUGUUCGCGCGCCGGCGUAUGUUGCUGUUGACCACGGGCCCGCGGCUCUUCUACGUAGAUCCAGUCAAUAUGAUGUUGAAAGGAGAGAUACCUUGGUCACCCGAACUACGCGUAGAAGCCAAAAACUUUAGGAUAUUUUUAAUACACACGCCCAACCGCACAUACUACUUGGAGGACCCGAAAUCCUUCGCGUUGGAGUGGGCGCGAGUAAUAGAUGAAGUUCGUAUCGGUACAUAUGGGCGGGACACGACUUAAGCGGCGGCCAGCGCGCCCGGCGCAUGUCGCCGCGCCCCGCGCCCAUGCCCCGCCCGCCGCCCGCUCCCGCACGGCGAGUGCACUUCUAGGAUAUUACUAGCCUUCAUUCUCACGGAUACCAUUCAGCCGGAAAGCUCAGGCGACCAGCAGAGUCCGUGUGGUAGGCGACGGCCGGCAGAGCCCGUGCAGCAGGCCCGUCGCGCUCCGCCCGCACUGGGCCCGCGCGCCGCAGCCAGUUUACGAGACGAGACGCCAGCUGAUCGACCACUGUCGAUAUUGAAUGACUGAUUCCUAUUAGUAUGUCCAGACUAUCUUAAAUUAUUAUUCUAAUUUAAGUUCUUAUUUAAAUGUGGAUAACAAUGCGAUGAUGUGUAAAUAUUUGUCUUAAUUUAUUAUUGCAUUCGCUUAGUUAUAGUGUAAUGUGUAAUCGUGGGCCGUUGUAACUCGUAUACAGGCCUUUUGUAAGAAUGGACUUGUUAUUCACCACCCGCGUGUUCACAAAGCCCAUUCCGGUUGGUACUAGGCAAUUUGUAGCUAAAUUAAUUAUUAUUUAUUUUAAUUAUAAUUAUUUGCCAACGGAAUGUGACUGCUGUACAGUAAUGGUAGGAAAUUAUAAACGGGCGUUUCUAAUCCGACCGGUGACGAGGCUGUAGUCGAAUUACUGCCUGACUAGAAUAUUACAAAUGACGCCAGGCACUUCGUCAAUUUAUUGCGCUUCGAGCUGGAGGAUGGAUACGGCUGAUGAUAGGGAAGAUGGCUUCUUGACGCAGAGUCGGUUGCGUAAGCGCCGGUUCCGGCCUGCUCUCCGGCGGCGCCGUAGUUGUGGCUGCGCACAUGCGGCCGUCGAGAGUCUCAUCGCUAGGUAAUGUGCACCAAACGCGUGCACUAUAAUUUUAACUUAAAAGUAUACGGAUAAUACAUGCCACCAAAGGUGACUAUAAUUAUUGGAACGCUUGAUUAAAACUAAAUUACAAUUAUUUGCAUUGUUAAUUUGAAUUUAAUAGACAUUGGAUUGCAUAAUGGAUAAUGUAUCUAAUUCGAUUGUGUUUUAUGUUUUGUGUUAUUUUAUUGUAAAAUGAUUUGACGAGGCCAUCUGUUAUAUUUAGUGUCAGGGCAUUUAUUUCGAAAUUGUAAUAUUUGUUGUAAUGUACAAUUAAUGGUUGGUGCGGUGGGAUCGCUGGGAGGUAUUUAUACAAUGUGUUAAGUAAAAUCAG